AUGGGCAACUCUCAAUCGAGCCCUACCAAAGACGAGUCUCGCCGUGCCAAUCGUCUCUCCAAGCCUCUAACCAAAAGAUUAAGUGUGCCUCCACCAGAGCCAGAACCAGAACCAGAUAAUUCCUCAUUUGGUUCGGGCUUGAUAGGUUGGCAAAAUCCAUGGGUUGGUCAUAACAUCAGCAGCCCCGUGGAGAAACGGGGCAGUUAUCCCAAAAAAGCGGAGAUCCCACCCACACUGUUCGAGACAGAGUCACCCGAAGAAAGUCCGACUGAAGAGCAAGCUUUAAAUUACAACCCAGCCAUUGAGAGGCGCCGUUCAGCCCGCCCAAGGUUGAUGACUGCCGGAUCUAGAAGAACGUCGUACCAGUCGGAAGCCUGCUCCCAAACCUCGCCUGUUUCUGAACAGGCACCUAGCCGGGCCAGCUCGACACGAACUGCCCUGCAGAGGCACAACAGUGCGGUGUAUGAUAACACCGCCACUUCUUCCAAUACCCACUUUUUGGUCGGCAAUCAAAGAUUCUCAUUAAUGCGUCGUCGAUCCCUUUUGACGCGCCCUGGCGUUGCCACGCGAAGAGCUUCCGCUAGCAUUCGACGGGUUCCCUCGCCGAUUGGAGAGCCAGAGCAUCAGAACCAUGAUAAUGCUGCGUCUACCACUUUGCAAUGGCCGUUGCCUUUGACAAAGCGCGCCCCAUCGCCAGUGAGACCUACGAGUCCGACCGAUACCCGAUAUACCCAACUUGGAGCACUCAAGCUUGGGUCUUUGCGAGUGGUGAAUGCUUCCCCGUGUCCAAGCGACCGCACUACUUUGAGUGGGACCAGUGCUCCAGUUGCCGGGCUUGGGCUUGAAGACUUGGAAGUCGCAGCGCCGAACAGAGGCGCCACGCUCGAAAUUCCAUCCUUGCCCGAUUUAAAGAAGUCCGAUGAUCUUCCCGGCAGUCCCUUCUCAUUCGAAAAUUCUCCUACAAUUACAGUUGCACCCCGCACCAAGACACUGUUUCCUACUUACCCUGAGGAUGAAGGAAUCCUUCUCUUUGACGAUACGAGAGCUCAAUUGGAGAAGAGUGCUUCGAGCGCUGGUCUUGCUCGAAGCACCUCUCGGUCACUCAACAAGUCCGACAGUGGUUACAGCUCCGCCACAUCGGUACACUCGAUGCAACGAAGCCGCACACAAAGCUCGGCUGGUUCUCAGACGUCCGUGUCGUGUGGUGGUGACAGUGUGAAGAGCGUCUGGGUCUCCAACGGUCCAAUGCAUGACCGAUCUGGUGUUGAGAUGCAGCGUCAACUCAACGUACAGUCAAAACCCGAGAAUUAUUCUCGGUUACACCUCACCGCCACCCGCUGGUAUGACGCGAGUAAUGAGCCUGCUCCUCUCGCUACUACACGGUCCCGUCGCUCGACCUUGUGUGCACCGCGUUACACGGAAUACACACCGCGCGAUUUCACCCUCGAAGUCAGACCCAGUGGGAUUGAACCUCCUUACCUCUCUCAGCCACAACAAUGGCAGCAAGGCCUGACUAAGGGCCCUUUCUACGGAGAUAGACUCUCUGUGGCUUUAUCUGAAGGUCCCCCAUCCUCGUCGAGCUCUUCUGCUACAUGGAAUUCACAUAGUUCCCAGCAGACAAUGACAGGGUCCAAUGAACGACUCCGAAAAUCGGCCUCCGAGUACUCCAUGCAUGAGGGGUUUAACCAUCACCAUUCCCGCACCAAAAGCCGAUCUGGCCGCGUUUGGACGAAGAAGCCCGGCGUCGAAGCUCCACCGCUACCUACUAUCCUGUCACCGGGCUACCUGCAGGAUGAUCUCGAUCAUGAGCUAAACAUUGAGGUUGUCAAUUCUGAAUAUAUGCGAGGCCGGCCUCGGAGCCGUAGUCAGGACUACCGCCGUCGAAGGCUGUCGAAACCGCGUCCCCAGGCGGAUACGUGCAUAUGA